UCGGUCUGGUUGCUCAUUGGCCUGUCUGGCUUGAGAGGGAAAAAGAGGCGAGGUAGCGGGUAAAGCCGAGAAGCGAGUUGAGGAACCCGGGAAGGAGAGAAGGAAUGAGAAAAGGCAGGCAGUACGCUUUUUGGCGCUCACGAUUUAGCUGCCAUCAUGACCUCUAGGAAAUGCCCUGGGCGCAGGAGGAAAAACACAGAAUUUAUCGCAAAGAGAAUCACAACAAGAGAAGAGCUUGCAUUAAGAGGUCCAUUGAUUGAAAGUGACAGAACUUCAAAAACUGAAGACAGAUUUAGGCGCAAAGACAAAAUAAUCCAGGAAUUGCUCUUAGAGAUUGAACAUCUAAAAACAGAAAAUCUUGAUUUGGAGAAGCAUGUUAGGAAAAUACUUAACAGUAAAGAUAAAGUAACAACCCAAGUGGACAGUUUGACCAGUGAGAAUGAAUAUCUUUGUAAAGAACUUGCUCAUGUAGAUAAGAUAGCUGAACAACUGGAAAAAGAAAGAGAGUUUGUACUUGAUAGUGCUGGCCAGGAACUUUCAGAAGCCAAGUCUCAGAUUAAAUUCCAACAAAAUACUAUUAAAAAAUUGGAACAUACGGUCAGCAUUCUUAAAUCUGCGACCCUGGAUGUUGAAAAGUCAGACGGAAAGCUCAACAGUUUUGUAAAAACAGUAGAAGAAGAGAAAGAUUAUUAUAAAUCUGAAGUAGAAAAAUUGAAGAAGAUGUAUCGAAGUACAAGUCCUAAACGCAGCCCGUCUUGUUCGAUUACAAUUUCCUCCCCAAUUCAGGGAAAGCAGAGUGAUAAAGAAUGUCUACAAAUUUUGAUAGAACUUGAUGAAUUUAAGACAAUGCUGGAAAAAUAUCAACGUCAUAUAACAGAACUCCAGGGCAAUAUUAAAGUUCUCAUGGCAGAAAGAGACAAAGCUGUUUGUCUUUAUUUAAACACCAGCACAGGAAGAAGUAAAUCAACAAAGAAAGAACUUAUGAAAAUCCCCAAGCUUCUACAGACUGCAGUGACUGUUCAGGCUGUCUUGAGACUGUGAAACAGAAAGGGAUGCGCCAUUUCUGAUUUUCGAAGUGCCGCUGAACGUGAUAGCUUGAGAGAGGAGGUUAAAGGUUUGAUUGCUCAAGACACUGCAUUGAAUGAAAAGGCUCACCUGGAACAUAGAAUUGAGGAACUGGAAUUAAAUAUUCAAAGCCUUGACAAUGAACGAUUAGAACAACUAUCGAAAAUAGAACUGUUGAAGGAUGCUAUUGAGUCUAUAGAAAGGGAGAUGAAAAUAUUGGGAAGAAGGGCAUCAGAUUCUGAAAAUGAACUUGGCAGACAGAAAGCAGCUAACACUUCACUAAGCAUACUGAAUGAAAAGAUAGAACAUAACUUUACAGAGGCAGAACGACAACUUUCAAAGAAAAAACAUGAAUUACAACUUACUCAAGAGAAAAAUAUGUGUUUGGAGGGAAAAAUUGAACAACUUUCAAAAGAAAGCCUGGAGCAACAAGGACAUAUUUGUACUCUUAAAGAUACAAUAAAUGAGAUGGAGGCAGAAAAGGAUUCUUUACAAGAUCUUCUGGAAGAUAAAAGAGAAAAAAUUCUUACAUUAGAAGAAAGUUUGGCCAUUCAAGAGAAGACAAUUUCAGAUCUGAAAGGUAUUCUUUCUGGCAUGGAACAUUCAUCAAAGCAUUCUACUGAAGCAUUAUGCAAGUAUGAACAAGAUAUUGGCAGACUACACCAAUUGUUAGAUGAUGCUAAUACUGAACUUAAUCAGACUUGCAGAGAGAAAGAUAUGUUAACUAGGGAACAUUCAAAACUAAAGGAACAACUUUGUGCCUUUAAGCAAGAAAAUCAGCUUCUAUUUGAGAAACUCAGUAAAAGUCAGAAUGAUUUUGAUGACAUGAAGUUGAAAAUUGAAGAUUUUCAAAGAUUGAAGUCCUUACUGAACUCCAAAGAGAAAGAUAAUGAAGAUCUUAUGGAAAACUUUCACAUGAUCCGUGAACAGGCAGACAGAUGGGAAUCAAAGUUGCAUCAAAUGGAAAAAGAUUAUAACUGCAUCCAGAUGGAACUUCUCAGUGCAGAAUCUGAGAACCAUAGACUGAAAGAGCAAGCAGAAUCGCAUGAAAUAGCAAUUGGACAACAUUUAGCAUCUGAAAAAGCCUAUAAGUCACAGAUUUCUACUUUAGGUAAGUCUCUGAUGAAAAUGGAGGAGAAACUUGAGAAAGUCCACCUGGAAAAGGUUUCUAUCCUCUCAGAUUUGACUUCUGCUCGGGAACUCUGCAUUAAACUGGAUACUAGCAAUGAGUUAUUAAGCCGGCAACUAAAGAACACAACAAAAGAAGUAGAAAGAUUUCAGAAUGAAUGGGAAUCAUCUCACUCAGAAAUAGAAUUUCUGAGAAAGCAACUCAACAAUGAAAGAAGCUCAAUUAAAAACUUGGAAUCUUUGUUAACAGCCAAUCGAGAAAAAGAGUAUCAAUCUCAGAUGAUAAGUCAAGAGAAGGAUUCUGAAAUACAUCUUCUUAAAGAGCAACUUACUCUGGCAGAAAACAAAAUUGCUAUCCAGAAUCGAGAUUUUUCACAGAUCAAAAACACAAUUACUCAACUGGAAUCUGAGUUAGAUAUCACCAAAAGACAGUUGGGCACAGAACGCUUUGAAAGGGACCGUGCAGUCCAAGAACUUCGCCGGCAGAGUCGUACAGCUUCAUACCAUUUAACUUCUACAAUAAGAUCAAUAUCACCUGAACGUUGCAGGCACUGGUCUCCUGAGAGGUCUCUGGAUAGAUCUUUGGAUGGAGAUUCUAUUUCAAAGGACUUCUAAUUGAAGAAGAUAUGGAAAAAUUAACUUCCAUUAUAAAAAUACCAAUACAUGCCAAACCAAACUCAAGGUUUAUUAAAACAAUUGCUUUAAUCCAAUUGGUAAAGGAUAAUGUUCAGAGUGCUUAUUAACUGAAGAAGCCUACAUACACAAAUAUGUUAUUUGGGGCAUUACAAUAAAAGCUAUUAUUGUUUUAUAAAAAUUUUAUUAUCAAAAAGAUGUUUCGAAAUGAAAAUUGAA